AUGGCGAAGGGGAAACUUAAGGGGAAGAGAGCGACCAAAAUUUCAAUUAUCAAAGAAGAGAAAACACCGGUAAGUAAUCAAUUGACGGAUAAAUUGAUGAAAGAUGGGGAAAAAGGAUUAAGUGCAGGAGAAAAAGAUUUGGGGAAGACAGCAAUCCCUAAUAGAGAGGCUACUCUGGCAGAACGAUUGGAAGUAGAUCGGAGUAAAACAGAAAAAAUCCAAGAUCUGCAACGCUUUGGUGACACAGUUCGAAGACUGGAGCUAUCGGAACCAAAAGAGGAUAUCAAUAAAAUGCUUCAUCAAAAGUGGGCAGACUUCGAUCCAAGCAAGCUUCGAAAAGCAGGAGCUAAAUUGGAUUUCAUUGAACCAAGGAAUCUAGAGGGCGUGAAGUUUCAUGGCUUGGAGCUGAAGUAUUGGAAUCCUAGAUCACUAAGUAGCUUGGCUAGUAACCUGGGUCAACCUAUUAUGCCUGACAUUGAAACAACAGAGAAGACGAAAGUGCAAUAUGCCCGUGUAUUAAUAGAUGUAGAGAUACAGGAUCUCCUUCCCCUGGAAGUGGUAUUUGAAGAUGAAUUGGGAAUUAUACAACAUCAGUCUGUCUUUUAUGAGUGGAGGCCAACUCAAUGCACCCAUUGCAAGGGAUACGGUCAUGGAGUAGAAGCCUGCCGGAAAAAACUAGAAAACAGAGAAGCUCUUCCUAAACGUACUGAAGUUAAGGAGAGAAUACUAAGUGGCAAGGAAUGGAGACAAGUUCAGAAAGGGAAAGCAGUUGUUGUUGAGGAAGAAGAUCAAUCACAAUAG